UCUCUCUUGGCAACCGGACGCUAUUUGCUUUACGAUAAUAUUUGACGACUUUAUCAAAUCGUAUUAUAAUCCCAACGUAUCAGUUUGGUCGUUUCUCGUUUCCUGGUGGGAUUAUUUCGAUUGUGGUAUAGCGUCAGGUAUCAUCUACACGUGGUGUACACUAAGCAGAGAACAUGUCUGAUAGAAAAGCCGUCGUAAAGAAUGCCGAUAUGGCAGAGGACAUGCAACAGGAUGCGGUAGAAUGUGCUACACAGGCUCUCGAGAAAUACAACAUCGAGAAGGAUAUAGCUGCUUACAUCAAAAAGGAAUUUGACAAAAAAUAUAACCCAACAUGGCACUGCAUAUGUGGACGAAAUUUCGGAAGCUACGUCACCCACGAAACGAAGCAUUUUAUAUAUUUUUAUUUAGGCCAAAUCGCCGUUCUUCUUUUCAAGUCAGGAUAAAACCCGUAACAAACAUUAUGAUAUUUAUCAUGAUUACAUAUACUGCUCACUGCGUUUUCCCCAUAGAGCUCGUUGUGCAAUGGAAUCAACAAUUUUGAUGUCUUUAAAAAUUCCUAUUCUAUUUUUCACUUUCUAUUCCAUUUUGUGCAACUCUGGUAGUAGGCCAAUUGGAAAUCUGUAAUUUUUUGUCGAAGAGAUGUAAAACCUUGGCGAUUGCACCGGAAUGAUAUUUUAACUCAUACAACAACCAGUAUCAAUAAGCACGCCUGUUUGAAAACACUCAUUUGUUGGUAGCUUUACAUAAUUAGAUUCUGAUAAUCAUGGUUUAUUUUUUUUAAAUGAUUUUUUGAACAAUGUCGCCUAAUCACUGUACUGAUAUUUAUCGACUCGUCUCCCUGGCAGCAGAAGUAGCCUCAAGUCUGUUACAGAUUUUAUUUUUAUGGCUCUUUUCAUAUCCGCAACUAUUAAAUUUACCAAGCCUCAAACUUUAUUGCUUUUAUUUGUUGUACAAAGUAUUAAAAAAUGUUUGUUGGA